AUGAUGAAUGAGAGUUGGGAGGACAUCAAAGCAAUGGAAUAUGAGAACCAGGUUGAAUUAAUUAUAACAAAGAAAAUUAUACUUAUUUUUGUCGCCAUUUUUACCAUUUUGGACAAUACCAUGGUUCUGGCUGCUACAUGGAGAGAAAGGAGUUUUCAUCAACCAAAUAAAUAUUUUAUUGCUUGUCUCGCUGUCGCUGAUCUUUUGGUUGGUAUGUUUGUAGCCCCACUGGAGCUGUUUCAACUAAAUCUCGAUUAUAAAUCAAGAGGGAUAAUGUUCACCUAUCUAUGUCGUUUUAUGAUGUGGAUAGAUACAUUCGCGUUAACAGCCUCUAUUUCUUCACUGACAUUCAUCAGUUUCAACCGAUAUCUAAAAAUUAGGAAGCCCCUUCAGUACAGAUCCACAAUGACAACUUCCAAAUCAUUAAAAAUGAUCUUUAUCAUUUGGUUCAUUUCAACUGCUUUUGCCACCUACAGCGCCACUCCAUGUUCAGGAAACGAGGGAAUCCGGCUGGUAGAUGCAUAUGGUUUAUGUCCUAGGAUCUAUCAGGUUUAUUGGAGAAGUAAAGGAUUCUUUACUUUUCUGGCAGUAGGUGUGUUUUUUCUACCCACCGUAGUCAUACUGAUUAUGUAUUCUCUCAUUUAUGUUGUUGUUCGUAAACGACGAAAGAUGAUGCGAGAUGGCGAACAGGGUCAAACCUGCAUUGAUCGAAACCAACUAAAUGUCUUUCGUCAAGAUCUGAAGGCUAUACGAAUGUUGUUGAUUGUCGUGGGAGUCUUUGUGCUUUGUUGGGGUCCUUAUUUUAUUUAUACAUUGUAUGCGUUCCAAAAUCUCUUUCUUAUUGAUUGGCCUAGCAGGCGUUAUACGUUCAUAGCUGAAUUCGUAAUACACACACUUCCUUAUAUUAACAGUCUGUGCAAUCCAAUAAUUUAUGCCUGUUUCGAUCAAACGUACAGACAGGCUUUCAAAAAUCUGUUUCGCCGAAUGAUGCGCCGAACAAGCUCAAGAGUACGACGACCACCAAACGAAAUAGAGUUACGUCCAUGA